AUGACUGAAAACACCCAGGGCAGUGGCCGGCGGGCCUUUGGAGACCUGACGAAUGUCCUUGGCAAGCGGCCAGCCUCAUGCGAUCUGGAGAAGAAUGCAGGUGGAGUCAAGAUGAGUCGGGUUGAAAAGGUGGUUGACCCUAGGAAAGAGUCUGAUGAAAAGGCAAAGGCCAAUGUUGGGGCAUCAGGAAACCUUAUUGAAGUUUUGGUUGAUGGUAUUGGCAAAGAGGAUUUUGCAAGGACUUCAAUUUUCCGUGGAGCCAAGGUUCAGCACAUGGCCGCUCAGGCAGCUGGGCUACUAUCCAAGGAUGAUGAUGAUGUGAGGAAUCGUUGUGUAUCAUUGGAUUCUUCUGGCCUCAACGACAAGGCGGAGUCUUCCUUGGAAUCAGAGGGUGGCUGUGAAGGGGAAGAUGACGAAGACACUGAUAGUGAGUUGCUGCCAUAUGCCAGUGAGGCUAGUAAGAUUGUAAUUAAUGAUAAGACUAAUGAGGGUGAGUGUCUGACUCAAGAGGAGAUGGUUGUAUCACCAGGAAAUCAGAAUCCGCAGUCUUCAUUUGACGCUACAGCUCGUGAUGACAUGGCAUGUACAAAUGUCCAGCAUCCUCCAAUGGGGGUUGGUGGCUUGGAAAAAUCAUGUGCUACAAAGUCUUGCACUUGCUCUUUCUGUCUUAAGGCUGCUUUUAUGUGGACUGAUCUCCAUUAUCAGGAUGCAAGAAGCCGGCUUGGUGCAUUGAAGAAGAGCAUAAAGUUUGCUAGAUCGCUAGAGGCAAAGAGGCAAGGAAAUGAAUUCAAUGCAGACAGAUACUCGAAAAGAGCUGCAGAGAUGGGAUUCGAACUAUCUCAACAACAGAGAUCACUCUUUCUUCAUACUGAAAAUGCCCUUGUUCGUGAAUCUGCCCAGCUCGUAAGUUGUUUUAUACCUACAAUAUUCCAACUUAGUCAAAAUUAUGUUGACGGUGUCUUGGUAUCAAUUUGUAUGGUGUCACUGUGGUUAGUAGCGAAAAGUUGUGAUUGCCACAGUUUGCUUUCUGUGUAA